CUAUAACGAACAAACCAUGCAAUCGUAGUGGAAAUUGAUGGAAGUCGGUAGGAAAAUUGGGUUGUGUGCAAUUCGUGGGAGCGCUUUCGCGAGCGAAACCGAACGUUCCAAGGGGGGUAAACGCGCGACGAGAAUGGAAUUAUUGUGCGGUGACAAUGAACCGCGUUACGAAUCGCAGCAACGGACGAUCGUGUAAUUUACUAGGUUUUGUUAAACGUAAGAUUGGGAAUAAGAUCGGCCGGUGUGGCUCCGAGCCUCCGAGGCGUCUCAUUCUCUGACAAUCCACUCCGGAUAAACAAUCGUCUUUCCUACGGAGAGCUCUCUUCUUCUCGGCGAGAAACGGAGCGAAGUAUCGUCGCGAUUGCGAGGGGCUCGAUAUCACGAGUCGUUUGGCGAGUUGUUCGCACCGACAUGAAUCAGACGAGCGGGCGGACGAGUCGCGUUACCAGUCAUACGAGCGGCCCCGUCAGCUGAUCGUUAUUAAACAACGAGAUGUGAGGUAGUGCGAGCUAAUUCUUCUCUAGUCGAACGUACGCAUCACGAUUUCAAUUAUUCGCGGCCUGGAUUCCUCCGCAUGCAUUAAGUGACUUGAGUGGGACUCGCGCGCCAAGUAGAAGAGCAGGGGCACUGGCCGAUCGUAACUAAAAUUUACAUGGCAACAUGGGGAACAAGAAUAGCUGCUGCGUGUACUCCAGUCCGCAAGUCGGACGCAAGGAGAUUGGGCCCGAGAGUGCUACGCGCAAUCUGGAGGAACACUUGCCGGAGGGCGGGAUCAGCGUUAAUAAUUUGCAACAUAUCAGUGAACGCGAGCCGGAAGACUGGGACUCCGAUCCGUCAUUGCAUCCGUGCGCGGGAACUAUUUUUAUGGAACGUUCGAAACAGGCUAUAGAAAACGGCAUGGUGAGGAAAAAGAGCCAACAUCAGAUAGCGGAUACAAGGCCUUUGAAAAAGAGUAGUAGCUGCAGUACAAUAUAUCUAGAUGACAGCACGGUUUCACAACCUAAUUUGAAAAAUACUGUCAAAUGUGUUGCCUUAGCCGUUUAUUAUCAUAUUAAGAAUAGAACUUCACAGCGACAAAUUGAUAUAUUUGAUGAAAAGCUACACCCAUUGACGAGAGAUGGUGUUUCAGAGGAUUAUGAUAAACACAAUCCAGAGCACAAACAAAUAUAUAAAUUUAUAAGGACUCUAUUUAACGCCGCUCAGCUCACAGCUGAAUGUGCCAUCAUAACACUGGUUUAUCUUGAGCGCCUACUUACCUAUGCAGAAAUUGAUAUAACACCAGCUAAUUGGAAACGGAUAGUGUUAGGUGCUAUUUUAUUAGCAUCUAAGGUUUGGGACGAUCAAGCAGUAUGGAAUGUAGACUAUUGUCAAAUACUAAAAGAUAUUACAGUGGAAGAUAUGAAUGAAUUAGAGAGACAAUUUUUGGAGAUGCUGCAAUUCAACAUAAAUGUUCCUUCAAGUGUAUAUGCCAAAUAUUACUUUGAUCUUCGUACACUUGCAGAAGCGAACGAAUUAACAUUCCCUAGCGAACCUCUUAGUAAAGAAAAGGCACAGAAGUUAGAAGCUAUGUCUAGAGUUUACGAAGAUAAGGUUACAGCUGAAGCUCUACGUACCGGUAUUAAAAAAUGGUCCAGCUUAGACAAUGUAUGCAUAGGUGGACCUAGACGUAGCAUUGCUAUUUUAUCCUAAAUAUAAUAUAAGGAUAUACAUGCGGAUAUAUUUCAACACAGACACAUGAUUAAUAUUCAGAUUUUAAAGAUUUCGUUUGCAAUUACAAAAACUUAAUUUCUAAAUUUAAUUAUUGCAGUGUCUCCUAGUUAUAAGACCGUUGCUCGAGAUCAGCCAUUUUCUUACAUUACAAUCGAGGCGCGGAUCUUUUAUACCUUUCAGGACAUUUUAUGAAUCUUGCCAGCAACUUGUCCAGGAGAGUGAACAAGAUAAAACGAUAUUUUACGAUGUCGGCUAUUUUAGCUUUCGACAUCGGAUAUGAUUCAAGAUUCGCUUGCUCGAGAAAAGAGGAGAGUAAGCGCGAUCUUACAUAAUGAAAGUCGGUCUUAUAACCGGAAGAUGCUCUCUGUGUAUAUGUACUCUAAAAUUUAGAUACCUCUCAAUUCGUUGUAAUUUCUAAUGCAUUAUUUUUAUUAUCUACGCAUUAGAGAAUUGAGAGGAAUUUUAAUAGAAAACAAAUUUCAUAUUUAUCGGCUUUUUUUAUUCUUAAUUUAAACAAUUCCUAUUCUUCGAUUAAUUCGAUUAAUCACAUUAUAUUGUUAAUUAAGAAAAACUAGAGCUAUUAUAAUCUUGUUUAUCAUAUAUUGAUGAAUAUAUUUCUAUUGCUUAUGGAAAGAUUCUACUGUCUGGGACCUUGUAAUGUGGAUAUAAUAAAGCAUACGAGAAUGAAGCGCAUUAACGAAACAAACGGUGAGAAGAGAAAAGUCGUUUUAUAUAUAUAUAUAUAUAUAUAUAUAUAUAUAUAU